CCGCCCACACCCUUAAGGUCUGGGUGCCCGCGCGCUGCCCCGCAAAGCACCAGGGACGGGAAGCACGCGCCGCUAGCGUCGAGCCGUCGCCAUGGCCCUGCUCAGAGGUGUGUUUAUCGUGGCUGCUAAGCGAACGCCCUUUGGAAGUUAUGGAGGUCUUCUGAAAGACUUCACCGCUACCGACUUAGCCGAAUUUGCUGCCAAAGCUGCCUUGUCUGCUGGCAAAGUCCCACCUGAAACUGUUGACAGUGUCGUUGUAGGCAAUGUCGCACAGACGUCUUCAAAUGCUAUCUACUUGGCAAGGCAUGUUGGUUUACGUGUGGGAAUCCCAAAAGAGACCCCAGCUCUCACCGUUAAUAGGCUCUGUGGCUCUGGCUUCCAGGCCAUUGUGAAUGGAUGUCAGGAUAUUUGUGUUAAAGACGCUGAAGUUGUCUUGUGUGGAGGAACCGAAAACAUGAGCCAGUCUCCCUUCUGUGUCAGAAAUAUCCGUUUUGGUACCAAGCUUGGAACAGAUCUCCAGCUGGAAGAUACUUUGUGGGUAUCAUUGACCGAUCAGCAUGUCCAAUUCCCCAUGGCAAUUACUGCAGAGAAUCUUGCUGUAAAACAUAAAAUAAACAGAGAAGAAUGUGACAAAUAUGCCCUGCAGUCACAGCAGAGGUGGAAAGCUGCUAAUGAUGCUGGCUACUUUAAUAAUGAAAUGGUACCAAUUGAAGUGAAGACAAGGAAAGGGAAACAGACAAUGCAAGUAGAUGAGCAUGCUCGGCCCGAAACAACACUGGAACAGUUACAAAAACUUCCUCCAGUGUUCAAGAAAGAUGGAACUGUCACUGCGGGGAAUGCAUCGGGGAUAUGUGAUGGUGCUGCAGCCGUUAUCUUAGCUAGUGAAGAGGCUGUUAAAAAACAUAACUUCACACCCCUGGCAAGAAUUGUGAGCUACCAUGUGUCUGGAUGUGAUCCUGCUAUCAUGGGUAUCGGUCCUGUCCCUGCUAUCAGUGGGGCACUGAAGAAAGCAGGACUGAGUCUUAAGGACAUGGAUUUGGUAGAGGUGAAUGAAGCUUUUGCUCCCCAGUACCUGGCUGUUCAGCAGAGUUUGGGUCUUGAUCCAAGCAAAACCAAUGUGAAUGGAGGAGCCAUUGCUUUGGGUCAUCCACUGGGAGGAUCUGGAACAAGAAUUACUGCACACCUGGUUCAUGAAUUAAGGCGCCAAGGUGGAAAAUACGCUGUUGGAUCAGCUUGCAUUGGAGGUGGCCAAGGUAUUGCAGUCAUGAUUCAGAGCAUAGUCUAAGGAGACCGAGGAGUCCACUAUGACCCACUCUUGCUCUGCUUGGCCAGGCCACAGUAAAACAGCUGACCUUCAGAGCAGCUGCCACAACUGGCUAUGCCCUGCCACUGAAAUAGUGAUUGAGUGUGAUCAAGUCAUGAUGAGGCAAAGAUGCAUUUAUCAUGAGUAAGAGCCCAUGCUAGACAGAAGUAGGUUCUCAAAUUUGCACCAAAUAUGAUGUAUGUCUGAACUAAAAUUCAACAAUAGAAGUCCUUAAAGAAAUUGUAUCCUUGCCAAAUAACCACCACUUAUGCCUUAGAUAAUAUGAUUAUAAGGAAAUUGAAUAAAUGUUGCCUUAACUUCA